AUCCUCUCUUAUAAGCGCAUCUCUUGGCUUCUCUCUCGAUGGCCAAGUGUUUGUUUCUUUAUUAAGCCGAGAAAAGCCCCUCCACAAAUCAUAACCACAACAGCUCCAAUGGUGGAGGCCUAUCACUAGAAAACACCUCCGUCCGUUUCUCUCUCUCUUUUUCCUCCAACAAUCAUUCCAGCUUUCAAUUUUGAACUCCACAUCCCUAGCCGCCAUCAAUGGCCGACGCUGUCUCCAGCAAGGCCUCCACUAGCGGCUCCAACAAGAAGUUCGGCGCAAAUAGCCUCUUGCUGGGUCGCUUCGAGGUCGGCAAGCUCCUCGGCCAUGGCACGUUCGCUAAGGUCUACCAUGCCCGCAAUGUUCAAACCGGCGAAGGGGUCGCCAUCAAGGUCAUUGAUAAGGAGAAGAUCCUCAAGAGCGGCCUCGUCGCUCACAUCAAGCGCGAGAUCUCCAUCCUCCGACGCGUCCGACACCCCAACAUCGUUCAGCUCUUCGAGGUCAUGGCCACCAAGACCAAAAUCUAUUUUGUGAUGGAAUAUGUUCGUGGGGGUGAGCUGUUCAAUAAAGUCGCUAAAGGGCGACUGAAAGAGGAAAGUGCCAGGAAAUACUUUCAGCAACUUAUCUCCGCCGUCGGAUUCUGCCACGCGAGAGGGGUAUUUCAUAGGGAUCUCAAGCCUGAAAACUUGUUGCUCGACGAAAAUGGGGAUCUCAAGGUGUCUGAUUUUGGAUUGAGCGCUGUCUCCGAUCAAAUUCUGCCAGAUGGUUUGUUCCACACAUUUUGCGGGACUCCUGCUUACGUCGCCCCUGAGGUAUUGGCUAGAAAGGGUUACGAUGGGGCCAAGGUUGAUGUCUGGGCUUGUGGGGUUGUUCUGUUUGUUUUGAUGGCUGGGUACUUGCCUUUCCAUGACCAGAAUAUCAUGGCAAUGUAUAAGAAGAUUUACAGGGGUGAGUUCAGAUGUCCCAAGUGGUUUUCAUCCGAUCUCACUCGACUUGUCACGCGUCUCCUUGAUACCAACCCGCAAACCCGAAUUUCCAUUCCGGAGAUUAUGGAGAACCGGUGGUUCAAGAAAGGGUUCAAACAGAUAAAGUUCUAUGUGGAGGAUGAUAAGCUUUGUAAUAUUGACGAUAAGAUGGACAAGAUAGAGGAUAUAGAAUCGAUGUCGGACUACUCCGUAUCAGAAUCUGAUUCGGAGGUAGAGACCAGAAGAAGAAAUGCUUCGCUGCCGAGACCUGCGAGCUUGAAUGCAUUUGACAUAAUAUCAUUUUCUCCUGGUUUUGAUCUUUCUGGGUUGUUUGAGGAGAAGGGGGAUGAGGCGAGGUUUGUGUCUGGUGCACCAGUUUCAAAGAUCAUAUCAAAAUUGGAGGAAAUUGCCAGACUGGUCAGCUUCACUGUGAGGAAGAAAGAUUGCAGAGUAAGCUUGGAGGGUUCGAGAGAAAGCGCAAAGGGGCCAUUGACAAUUGCUGCAGAGAUAUUUGAAUUAACACCGUCUUUGGUGGUGUUGGAGGUCAAGAAAAAAGGAGGGGAUAAAACAGAAUAUGAACAAUUCUGCAACGCUGAAUUGAGACCUGGAUUACAGAAUUUGAUGACAGAGGAACCUGCUACUUCUUCCCAGAUACCUAGUAUAGCUACUGAACCGCCUCAACUACCUAUUGAUAUUGAUCCUCCACAUUACAUGCCUUCAGAUACCGAAUAGGUUGUAAAGAGUGGUACAGCAGAAGAGAACGGGCCUCAUUCUUCAAUCCGGUCAUUCGUAGUUUCAAUAUAUGGAAAGCAUUAUCACACUCUACAGCUAGAUAGAUCAUGGGCAUAUUCAAACCUUAAUGAUGAUAACAGCUCCAGGUGAUUCAACCCCAAUAAGUUUGACAACGAGGAAGGAUUAUAAAGGUCAAUAAAAUAUUCACGCACUUAGAACAUGUCUAGCUUUGUGGUUUUCUUCUUUAAAGAAGUGAAUCAGGAUGCAAAGAAGAAUGCAGAGACAGUAGAGCUCAAGGUUCUGACUAUGGUAAAAACUAAAAGUCUUGUCUAGUCUUGGGUUCUUCUGAUGAAAGACGAGCCUCACAAGAUUGAAAAGCCUUAGAAUGUGAAGAUCCUUGUGCAUAUGAUGGAACGAUUGUAGGUCAAAAGGGGGAGAGAGACAGUUUUAGGGUCACUAAUGUCUUACCGCCCUAAUGUCCCGUGUAAUGGCUCUCAAACCAUUCAAUUUUGAUUUAUUUUCUUUGAAAAAUUGUAAGAAAUACAAAAAGUCGUCAUGUCAUGUUUGAAAGAUAUUAAAAUCUCUCAUUUUAUGGAAAAAUAAUGACCAAGUUAAAAAAGGAAAAUAAAUUUGAGAGUUUAGAUAUCACAAGAGGCAUUAAAGGGUGAGGCAUUAGAGGCUUUAAGUCAAAGACGGACUUGUGAACUAGUGAUGGCCACCAAUUCAAGAAAUCCUCCAAGUGAUUUAUCUGGUCCUACAUUCCAGUAGGGUUCGUCUGAGAGCCAAACAGUUGAUGACAAUAUGUAAUAAGCAUAACAGAUAGCAUAGUUGAAGUGAGGGCCACUUGGGACUUGUCUUAGAACCGGGAAACCUGCUGAGCAUUGUCUAAAUCUUAGGGAUGAAAUGACUGACAUUAUAUUGCAGGUGAGAGUGCAGAGAUUUUAGCAAAGAUGUGUGUAAUGGAUUAGGGAGACCUUUUUUUUUUUGGGGUCAAUUUUUCUUCCACGCAUGGGAUCGGAGAACCAAGAAUCAAAUACAAACCACAAAUUGGAUUGAUGAACUCUUUGGCGCUCUCUGAUUGAAUUUGAGUGGAAUGAAGAAUUUCCUGGAGACCUUGGAAAAUUUCUUGUAGUUUAACUUACUCUUCUUUAUUCUCCAAAAAAAAAAAAAACCUACAAGUGUUGAUAAUUUUCUUAUGAAAUUUCAGAUAUGUAUUUUUAUUCUAAAAAUACUGCAAUCAAAUGAUAUUUCCCCUUAA